AUGGUCAUUGUCUAUCCCACUUGGCUCUUCACCGGUCACCCUCCACCACCUCUCCAUCGUCACCCGUUGAGACAGUGCAUCGCUAUGUGGCCUUCCAUGUACAACCGUAAAAACUCACCUAAAACUCAUAUUGCGCACUUCCCUCCCUCUCUCAUUAACCCUCGACACUACCGACAGCCGUCUUUAUGGUCGCUGGUCAACGAUGAGCAACCCUUUUUAUUUCUGUCAGCCUGGUAUUCAACAUCCAUCGUGAUAAAGGCUCAAGCUCUCCGCCCACAACAGAGAUCCUCAUUGUACGACCUCGCCGAUGGACAAUUCCUGAUCAAGAGCGAGUCAUUGCGCCUCAACCUUGCUUUCGGCCUGGUACUCGACAUCGACUGCGAAAAAGACGCCCAACUCAUCCCCCGGCUGGAGACACUUCUCAUACAAUACCCACAACACUUGCUCUCACUCGACCUGUUCCGAACGCAUACUGGGUCCAUCGUCGCACAUUACUUACUAGCCAUCGUGUUUACCAACUGUCACAUCGUGCCCGACAAGGAACUCACCCGUCCUCUUGGUACAAACACCGCCAGUCGUCAACUGUUGACUAUUGAAACGCCUCGCACCUCAAUUCUUCUGUCAGCCUCGUACUGCUCAACAUUGAUUGCGUUAAAUACACUGCCCAUACGAUACCCAUAA